AUGCCGGUGAGAAGGGGGCAUGUGGCCCCACAAAAUACUUUCCUGGACACCAUCAUUCGCAAGUUCGACGGACAGAACCGAAAGUUUAUCAUCGCCAAUGCACAGGUGGAGAACUGUGCCAUCAUAUUCUGUAAUGAUGCCUUUUGUGGAAUGUGUGGUUAUACUCGGGCUGAAGUGAUACAGAAGUCCUGCACCUGCAGCUUUCUGUAUGGACCUCACACCAAGAGGCCAGCAAUGGCCCAGAUGGCUAAAGCCCUGCUGGGAGCCGAGGAGAGGAAAGUGGAGAUUUCCCUCUACACUAAGGAUGGUGUUUGUUUCCACUGUGCAAUAGAUGUGGUUCCAGUCAAGAAUGAAGAUGGCCUCGUCAUCAUGUUCAUUCUCAACUUUGAACUUCUCACUGAUGGCAGACCAGCUAACAGCUCUCCAGCCAGAGAGCACAACAGAGUGCUGCAUAUUCCCUGGUUGACCUUAGCUCGGCGUCAACGUCAGUGCCCUCUUCUCCGCUCCCUCAGCCCUACUAUGAGUGUCCUGUCACAGGACACAGAACUUGGUGCUCAUUCUACCACUCUCCCUCCACUCAAACAAGAGUCUGUGGCCCUUGACAAACUGCUGUCCCUUCCUGAAAGACAGCAGCUGGGGAAAGCAGGAAGUGGACUAAUGCUGUGGAACAAAGAAGAAGAGGAAGAAAUGAGAGGAAGAAGAGAAGGAAAGAGGGGUGACUUGAUGACCCAGAGUCUACUGGACACAAAGGCAGAAGCCUUUGUUGCAUUACCUCCCAGUGAAAUUAGGCCUCCCUGCAAACUGAUCAACAGAACGCAUCAUGUUACUGAAAAAGUCACCCAGGUGCUGUCCCUGGGUCCUGAUGUGUUACCAGAGUAUAAACUGCAAACUCCAAGGAUCCAGAAGUGGACAAUCCUUCACUAUAGUCCAUUCAAAGCUGUGUGGGACUGGGUCAUUCUGCUCUUGGUGAUUUACACAGCAAUAUUCACACCGUAUUCUGCAACAUUUUUACUAAGUGACCAAGAAGAAGCAGCCAUACAAACCUGUGGUUACUCCUGUUCUCCCCUCAACGUGGUGGAUCUUAUUGUGGACAUCAUGUUCAUUGUGGACAUCAUCAUCAAUUUUAGGACCACAUAUCUUAACUCAAAUGAUGAGGUGGUGAGCCAGUCUUCUCGGAUUGCUGUCCACUACUUCAAAGGGUGGUUCCUCAUUGAUUUGGUGGCAGCCAUUCCCUUUGACCAAUUCAUCUAUCGCUCAGGAGAGGAAACCACCACUCUGAUUGGCUUACUGAAGACAGCUCGGUUACUGCGUCUGGUUCGUGUAGCCAGGAAGUUGGAUCGUUACUCGGAGUAUGGUGCAGCUGUUCUCUUCCUCCUUAUGUGCACUUUUGCCCUCAUCGCCCACUGGCUUGCCUGCAUCUGGUAUGCCAUUGGUAAUUUGGAGCGGUCAACAUCAGCUGGAAUUGGUUGGUUGGACAAUCUGGGUGACCAGCUGGGGAAACCAUACAAUGAAUCCGUCAUUGGGUCGGGUCCUUCCAUUAGAGAUAAAUAUGUCACAGCUCUCUACUUCACCUUCAGUAGUCUGACCAGCGUAGGCUUUGGGAAUGUCUCCCCAAACACCAAUUCUGAGAAGAUCUUCUCGAUUUGCGUCAUGUUAAUUGGUGCUCUGAUGUAUGCUAGUAUUUUUGGAAAUGUGUCAGCCAUUAUCCAGAGACUUUACUCUGGUACAGCACGUUAUCAUACCCAGAUGAUGAGAGUUCGAGAGUUCAUCCGCUUCCACCAGAUUCCCAACCCUCUGAAGCAGCGACUGGAAGAGUACUUUCAACAUGCAUGGUCAUACACUAAUGGGAUAGACAUGGAUGCUGUUUUAAAAGGUUUCCCAGAGUGUCUCCAAGCAGACAUUUGUCUCCAUCUCAACAGAUCACUGCUUCAGAACUGCAAGGCUUUCAAAGGAUCCACUAAGGGGUGUCUAAAGGCCCUGGCAAUGAGGUUCAAGACGACUCAUGCUCCUCCUGGUGACACCCUAGUCCAUGCUGGAGACCUGAUAUCUGCUCUGUAUUUCAUCUCCAGAGGAUCCAUAGAGAUCCUUAAAGGAGAUGUGGUGUUAGCUAUAUUGGGAAAGAAUGAUAUUUUUGGGGAGCCUAUUAAUCCUUAUGAUCUGCCAGGAAAAUCCAGUGCUGAUGUCAAAGCCCUGACCUAUUGUGAUCUGCACACAAUACAAAGAAAGGACAUGUUGGAGGUUCUGGACAUAUAUCCCAAAUUCUGUGAAUAUUUCUGGUCCAACCUGGAUAUCACCUUCAACCUCAGAGAUGUAUGUUACUUAUGGUACAACUAUUUUAUUGAUUAAGUCCCUGUAGACAAUGUAAUUUGUCAGCAAUGGAGACUAAAUUUGAGGGCUCUGAAUCCAGUGGAUCAUUUGGCAAGUAGUUCUACAAUACAGUGUGGUCCAUAUAUCUUUGGACAUUGACACAAGUUUUCUGCAUUGCGGCUCUCUACACCACCACAAUGGAAUUAAACUAUCACAGUGUGCUGUCAGUGCAGAAUUUCAGCUUAAAUUGAAAGGUAUUAACAUCCAAAUCAGGUGAACGGUGGAGGAAUUACAACACAUUUUAUAUGUGUCUUCCAUUUUUUUAAGGGACAAAAAAUAAUUGGACAAACUAACAUAAUCAAAUAAAUCAAAUUGUCAUUUUCAAUAUUUGGUUGUAAAUCCUUUGCAGUCAAUGUGAACCUGAAGUCUGUAACCCACAGACAUCACCAGAUGCUGGGUUUGGUCCUUGGUAAUGUUCUGACAGACCUCAGUGACUGAAUUGAGAGCAACCACUGAACGUGAAUGCACGCAAAUACCAAGGGAACUGUUUCAUGAUGUGUGCUAUUCCAUCACUUCGCGUUGUCGGCAGUGUCUGGACUAGAACGAACAUCACUUUGAGAACAGGCUGUGACAAAACAAUAGAAUGAUGUUUGUAAAUUCUUUUACAUGUUGAAAAGUAAAUGAAUUAUAAUAAACACCUAUCAUAGUUUACAAUUA